AUGGAACACCACCACCUGCUGCAACUGUCGUCGCCGCCGCCGCCGCCGCCGGCGCACCUCACGAUGAGCCCUGGCUUCUUCGACGUCGGCGUCGCCGGCAGCGGCGACUGGGUGGAGGAGCUCAUGCGUCUCGGAGAGCUGUUCGGCGUCGGCGUCGGCGGCGGCGAGGAUGGUGGUGGUAAUGCCGCCGCCGUCGUUGAGGAUCAGGUGCUGUGCGUGUGGCAGGAAUGCGAGGGCGGUGGCUCGCCGGAGCAGCCUAGCUGCGGGGGUGAGGUGAGCGCUCCUUGCGGCGGCGAGGUCGCCUGCCGCGACAACGACGGCGAGAACUCGGCGACGAGGAAGAGGCGGGACCGGUCCAAGACGAUCGUGUCGGAGCGGAAGAGGAGGGUCCGCAUGAAGGAGAAGCUCUACGAGCUCCGAGCCCUCGUCCCCAACAUCACCAAGAUGGACAAGGCGUCGAUCAUCGCCGACGCCGUGGUGUACGUCAAGGACCUGCAGGCGCACGCCAGGAAGCUCAGGGAGGAGGUCGCCGUGCUCGAGUCGCGCCCGGCCGCGACGUCGCCGUCAGCCGUUCGACGGCAGCCGCGGCAACCACGCGGCGGGCGCGCGGCGGCGCGCGCCAACGACGACGCCGAGAGCAACGGCGCCCCCGCCGCCGUGACGACGACGACGGCGCAUGGCGCGAGGGUGACGCACGUCGGCGCGGCGCGGGUCGGCGAGGGGCGGUUCUUCGUGACGGUGGAGUGCGAGCCAGUACCGGGCGGCGGCGGAGGAAGCGUGGCGGCGGCGUCGCUCUGCGCCGCCGUGGAGUCGCUGUCGUGCUUCAAGGUGGAGAGCUCCACCCUCGGCUGCUCGCCGGACCGCGUCGUGUCAACUCUCACCUUCAAGGUAGCCAGUGAAGCAGAGGAUGACGCAGCGGCGAUCAGCGAAUGCACGGUGAAGCUGUGGGUGAUGGCGGCUCUUCUCAAGGAAGGGUUCCGGCCCCAACCAACGGUCCAGAUCUCCUGA